AUGGCCCUGGAUAAAGUUACGGACACAGUUCCCUCUCGCUUACCGAUCGAGCAGAUGCUCGAGCUCACCCGCUUAGAUGUCGAUAGAUCUGACAUUUUCACCAAUGCACAUCAACAUUGGCAAGCUCCCUGGGCCCGAGGAGUCUUCGGUGGACUCCCCGUUGCACAGUCCCUGGCCGCCGCGCAGGCCACGGUACCGUCCACGUUCACGGCACAUAGUAUGCACUGCUACUUCCUGCUCGCGGUCGAUUCGCAGAGGCCGAUACUCUACCACGUCGAGCGAGUCAGGGACGGCCAAAGCUUCAUAACCAGGACGGUCCAGGCGCGGCAGCAGGGGCGCCCUGUGUUCACGGCUUCUCUGUCCUUCGUGAAAGACCAGGCGGGAAGCGGCGCGAGGCUGGUCCUCCAACAUGGAACCUGCUUGCCGACAGAGGUGUCGCCUCCGCCUGCGGGAGUGGCAACCUAUCCUACAUCUCCAGGCAGCGAGGUCCAACUGUUCGAGACCACGCGCUGCACCGUCACUCCCGGAGCCACGCCCUCGUCACGCAAAAUGCGCCUGUGGAUGCGUGCUGUCGAUCCAGGCCACGGUCGCAGGCCCCAUACACGGCAGGAAAAGGCUCCACCCGAACAUUCGAGCGAAUCCCACGAGAUAAGGAAGUGCCCAUCACAUCUCGUUGCGCUCGCUUAUAUGUCGGACAACUACUUCAUCGACACGAUUGUACGAGUGCACGGGCUCACCCCCUUUGCCAACCAGCGAGGCACCAAGACGACGUCGGACAAGAGCCAUGGCCGAAGUAUCGGUGGCAAGGCGCCAAGUGAUUGUGAAGGGGGCGUUGUGGCCGGCGACGUCAUGGAGAAUCCAGUGGGCGGCCAACUCGAAGCCGGUGGGCGGGUUCAGAUGAUGGUCUCGCUCAGCCACACGAUUUACUUCCACAACCCCAAGGCCGUUCGUGCAGAUGAGUGGAUGUUGGUCGACCUAGAGAGCCCCUGGGCGGGACAUGAACGGGGCGUGGCGGUCCAAAGGAUCUGGUCGAAAUGUGGUGUCUUGCUGGCUACCUGUGUCCAGGAGGGGCUGGUGAGGCUGAACCAAACCAGCGAGACCAGGCUAUAG